GUCCAACGGUAGUCCUUAUUCGUCCUGUCUUUGUUUCAAACAAUUGGCUUAGGCUGAUAUCAUUGUGGAGCCAUCUUCUUGGGCAGCUUAUUCCAGCAAUCACAGAACAAAACCAUGGUGUUGUUGGUGGAAUUUCGAUGAUGUCUUUUCUCAAUACAAAUGAUUUGACAGCCAUUUUCAGAAAGGGAAAGAGGAAAGGGAUCCACGAAGAACAAGUUUCAAACUUUUUGCACAUUGGAACUCUCUGGGGCAUUUCGUCGAACACUUGCAAUGCAUAUGCCAAGUGCCUCCCACAGGCUCCACCUUAUUUCAAAUUCCACUACAUCUCAACGUGGGUUUUUUAAUCCAUAGUGGGUUUUCUCGAAAACGAUUUAAAAAACUAAGAGGUCAUCGACCCUUGGGUUUGAAGGAGGCGUUUUUGAAAGCAACAUCCACAUAUCAAUCGCCUACUUUGAUUAUUUUGGGCGCUAAUGGCAUACACCAUAGGCAUAAGGUUGCUUAUCACUAAAUACCCCCACCCCACCACCAUGGAGGCUCUAUCCCAAUUACAUUACAUUACAUGUACGGUCAGGAUGCAAUCUCCUUGGUUAUUUAAUCUCAGAGUAAAGUUGAGUGGUUAAGAUUUGGAUGCUAUAAAUAUUAGUAGAAUACACCCAAAAUCUCCAUGAGUUGGUGGGAGAGAAGAAAAGAACAAAGAAUGGUUGAGGGACAGGAAAUCAGAAAGGGUCCAUGGACAGAGCAAGAAGACAUCCAACUGAUAUGCUUUGUGGGCUUGUUUGGCGAUCGAAGAUGGGAUUUCAUUGCUAAAGUUUCAGGACUAAACAGAACAGGAAAAAGUUGCAGGCUGAGAUGGGUUAAUUACCUUCAUCCAGGUCUCAAGAGAGGCAAGAUGACUGCUCAAGAAGAACGACUCGUGCUUGAACUUCACAACAAAUGGGGAAACAGAUGGUCCAAAAUUGCUCGGAAAUUGCCUGGCCGCACGGAUAACGAAAUCAAGAACUACUGGAGAACCCACAUGAGGAAGAAGGCACAGGAGAAAAGAAGGGCUUUGUCUUCAUCUUCCUCCUCCUCCUCCUCUUAUUCAUCCAACAACCCAGCUGUGGAAUUUCCUGCAGACACUGGACCAGUGAAGUUUUUCGACUCAGGGGGGUCUGAAAUCUCAGCUUCAUCAUCAUCAACAAAGAAGAAGAUGGUGGAGAAUCAAGAACUGGGUGAUCCAAAUGGAUUCUCCAUGGAUGAUAUAUGGAAAGAUAUUGAUCUAUCGGAUCAUGAGAGCUUGACUAUGAAUCAAGAUGUGUACAGUGAAGAAGACUGCAACAACUUUUCCUGCCCUGCCCUGACUUCUCCUACUCCUUGGGACUAUUAUUGUGGGGAUUCUCUGUGGAGGAUGGAGGAGGAGGAAGAGAGUAAGCUAAUUUUCUCUGGGUAUGAUCAUAACGGGAGGCCACGCCUUGCUCAGCCUAAUCAGAAUUUUUUCUAUUGAAUUUUGUGUAUACGUAGUGGUUAAUCAAUAUCCAAGAAGCGUCUCUUCUCUUGUUCAAGUUUUCUGAUGAUUUAGUUCACUAAUGGAUUGUAAGUAGUAUCUUUAGCUGUGUUUUUCCGGAAAAGUUUGUUCGGACAACCAAAAUAUAAUGAAAACUGAUGGAUGUAGAACCAUUUCCACUUGA